CCAAUAAUUAAAUUAAGAAUUAUUUCCAAGUGCUAGAUAAAUUAAUAACAAAAUGCUAACAUUUCUUCGAAAGACUUGUAAUUUAUCGGUACUACAAAAUAUAAGAAAUUUACAAAUAUCAGCUAUUUUAUCUUCGGACACACUAUUUACUCACAGAGAUACAGAGUAUAAUAAUCCUAGUACCCCUUUCGAAUUCAAUGAAGCAAAUAAAAAGAGAAUUGAAGCAAUAUUAAAAAUUUAUCCAGAAGGGCAUAAACGAGGUGCUAUGAUUCCUCUAUUGGAUCUUGCUCAACGGCAGUAUGGUUGGCUACCCAUUUCAGCAAUGCACAAAGUUGCAGAAAUCCUUAAUGUAUCCAAUAUGAGAGUAUAUGAAGUUGCUACUUUCUAUACAAUGUUCAAUCGCAAACCCAUGGGAAAAUACCAUGUUCAAAUCUGCACAUGUACACCAUGUUGGUUAAGAGAUUCUGAUUCUAUAUUAAAAGUAGUUCGCGAAGAAACCAAUUGUGAAAUAGGUGGAAAUUCUGCUGAUAAUAUGUUUUCUGUCUCGGAGGUAGAGUGCCUUGGUGCAUGUGCUAAUGCUCCAAUGUUACAAGUUAAUGAUGAUUACUAUGAGGAUUUAACACCUGAAACAACCAAAGCUAUUAUUGAUGCACUUAAAAAUGGAGAACGACCACCGCCCGGACCUCAAUGUUGCAACAGAUAUGCAGCUGAACCAGCUAGUGGACUUACUUCGCUAACUUCUCCUCCACCGGAUCCUACCUUUGGAGUGCGAUCAGAUUUAUAGAUAAAUAAACUUUAAAGUAUUUUAAUGUAUUAUCACAUUUCAUGUAUUGAUCACAGAAUUGGAACAAUUUUUCGUUCUUAUGUUUUCAAAAUAAAAGAAAUAAAUUGAAACUUAUUUCUA